GGCCGAUUUUGCUUGCUUCGAAGGCUCAUUGAGAGAGAGAGAUCUGGCACCGAAAUUUGAGAAUGGAAGGAAUUGACGGCCACAGUGCAGCUUGCUGCAACAUUCCACCAGUCAUCUCUAAGGGCUAUGAGCCGAAAGGGAGGUACGAGACACUCGGUGGUCUAAAGACAUAUGUUACCGGGUCAGUUUCUGCAAAGAAGGCCAUUCUCGUCAUCUAUGACAUCUUUGGCUUCUUUCCUCAGACUAUCCAGGGUGCCGACAUCCUAGCAGCGUCGGAGGAAUAUCAAGUCUUCAUGCCAGACUUCUUUGAAGGCCAGCCAGCUGAUAUCGCUUGGUAUCCACCAGUAACAGAGGAGCAGAAAAGCGCUCUUUACACUUGGUUUCCCUCACGCGUACCCGAGACAGGGGUAGCCAAGAUCCCCAAAGUACUUACAGAAGUGGAGUCGGUGUAUGAAAAGAAAGACUGGGCUGCUCUCGGCUUCUGCUGGGGCGGCAAAGUUGUUGCUUUGACAUCUGGAACUGAUACUCGAUGGAAGGUCAGCGCACAGAGCCAUCCGGGCAUGCUUGACGCGGCAGAUGGUGCUAAAGUCACCAUUCCCAUGUGUGUUCUGGGCUCUGAAGAAGAAAAGGCCGAGGAUCUUGUGGCUUUUGGAGAUGCCCUGAAGGUGGAGAAACACAUCGAGAGAUUCGAUGAUCAGUUGCAUGGAUGGAUGUCUGCAAGAGCCGAUUUGGAGAAUGAGAAGGUUAGGAAGGAGUACGAAAGAGGAUAUAAGACGGUGCUGGAGUUCUUUGGAAAGCACUUUUGACGGAGACUGCGAGUAUUAGCUGGUUUUGCACCCAAUUCAAAAUGGUGAAGCUCAUCGGUAGCGGUAGAGAAGACCAUUAUGUCGUUGAACUGAAGUGCCAAUUGCUAGUGAUCAAAACGAGAAGAUGGAUCAGCAAGACUUCCAAUGGCU